AGCGAGUAUUUAAUGAUAUUUAGAUUUCAUUUGAAAUGAUCGUUUAGCCGUCAUAGGAAUUCCUUCGUAUGCGCAAUUGUCGUGUACGUUUGCUCGCUUUAACAUUUUCCUGCAUGAUUGUAGACUAAGGUUGGACGAGCAGAAUGUCCGCCUUUUGACCGCUACCUUGAUGCCCUUCGAUGAAUCUCAAUGAUUAUAGAUACGAUACGUUGCCCUAUUUUCUACAUGUAUAAAAUCGCAUAAAACGUCCAGUUAUUCGCAGUGCGUAAUACGGUGUAAUUGUGAAAAGAUCAAGUCCACGUAAAUUUUCGUCCUGUCCUUUUGAGAUGCAUCGACUUUCGUUGAUCGUGUAUUUACUUCUAUUCGUCGUUACCGAGAGAAGCAAUUGUGACGAUAAAGCGGAGUGGUAUUUCGGUUUACGGUCUGCCUUGAAGAACUGUCCUUCGAUGCCUUGGAAUAAUCUCAAUCAGGAUGAUUUUCUCGAUAUUUUUCGGCAAUGUAUACAACAACGAGCUCUCAACUUUCUGGAUUCCCUUCUCAUCGACGAUGUCAUACCAGUUAUAGAUGGCAUCGAUUUAAUACGAUUUCAUGAUAAUAAUUCAACGUCGUUGACAAAUCAAAUGGCCAAAAAGGAUAACACGUAUAACGAGACAGAUGAUACUUCUAAUUGGACGGGAAUAGUAUUGAAUCGAUUGACCGGAGUUUUACGCACGCACGUUUUGAAGAUCGACGUCGACCACAUAGUUAACAGCAUAUCUUCGCCGAUAAAUGAGACCGAGACAGAUACAUCCGGUAACAAUAAUACCGUUCAAGGACGGAGACGCCGCCAUAAACGACGUCAUCAUGCAAUGUCUCUCAUGAUGAUGGGUCUAUUAUUGAUGGGUUCGAUACUCGUACCAAUGGGUUUUCAGUUUCUAGCCGUUCUUGGUGGUAAAGCUUUGAUUCUCGCUAAGAUGGCUUUGUUAUUGUCCAGUAUACAAGGACUCAAGAAAAUAGCAACCAAUGGUGUCAAUUAUGGUUUGUAUCAUACACCUGUAGCUGAAGGUUGGCACGAAAGAAGUAAUCAAGAAACGCCAACGCACUUUGAUCUGCCCUAUCCGAUACACGCUCAGGCUCACGCUUGAAAUUCAAAUUUCCGAUCGACGUGAAUCCAUUUGACGUCGUUUUAUCGUUAAGUAUAAAUAAAUAAUUUUCAUAUGUACAUUAACAUCGCAAGACAAUUUGUAAGUUUUUAACGGUUCUUCUUGUUUUAUUUAUACCGAAUAUCUCGUACGUCAAUAUUCAUCAUCUUUUUAGUAAAUAAAAUUAUUAUCGUAACUUUUAUCUUGAUAGCAGUCUCUUAGUGUACUUAGAUAAGAUACACACUAAGGUAAUUUCCGUUGUAUUCUCUAUCUUUUAAUAUUAUUGGUAAUCAAAUAAAACUAAUGUUGUUAUUGGUAGAAACUUCGGAAUAUUUUCGAUAAAAUAGAAAAUAUUUAAUGUCGAGGUACAGUCUGAUACGAUUGUUCAAGUUGAUUGUAUACUGA